AUGCGGAAUAUCCAGUUCACAUGUCCGAGAAGAUUGUAUCCCGGUGCUGUGUGUGUGGUACAAUGUCGUAAGCAAGGUUAUGAUGCAGUAUUGGAGGAAACACAAACUUUACCAAGUGGUGAAAACUUAUUGGUACUUCGUACGGUGUACAGUAUUUCAUGCACCAUUUCAUCAACAUUUUAUCCUCAAGUGGAUGCUUUGAGUUGUGUACGUUCUUGUAAUAGGGAAUUCAUGGAUGAUGGUUGGUGUGAUUUUCAAAACAAUCGCGGUUAUUGUGACUGGGAUGGUGGCGACUGUUGCGCGAGUACUGUACGUGGUGGAUGUGUUCGCUUGAUGUUCCCCUCCUUAUGCACUUCAUUUCUAUGUCAAUGUAUCGAUCCAUUUGCUGCAGAAAACAUGGCAUCGAUUAGUGAUGCCGGUAGUUCCAACAACGCAUUACACGAGCGUAAAAGUACAAUAAAGCGUACAAUUCGAUACGGACGGCAUCAUUCCAUCACUGAACCGAUGUCAUAUCCAGUUGUGGAUGCCUCCCCGGAUAUGUUCACAAUUUCGUUAGCAGACGCAGCUUUUUUAUUACGGAAUGACGUAUAUCUGGAUCGAAUCUGA